GCCAAGCCCAUUGGCACAAGGGGUGAAAUUUUUGGGAGGGAAGGGGGCCCAGCCCUUAACCUCCGCCUCUCUCAAGGUCCAAUGGGCCUUCGGUUAGCAGAAACAGAGAAAUCAAAAGCAGGGAAUACCCGGGUUAAAACCCGGGUUUCAGUUCGUGAUUUCGUCUGGUGUAGUGCCGGAGAUCUGUGGGCGACUGCCGGAGAAAUGACGAUCGACGACGACAGCUCGAUAUACGUCGGUGGACUGCCCUAUGACGCCAGUGAAGAAAGCAUUCGCAGAGUCUUCGAUUUGUAUGGAGCCGUCGUAGCCGUUAAGAUAAUUAAUGAUCGAGGAGUCGGAGGAAAGUGCUAUGGCUUUGUUACUUUUACAAAUCCUCGUUCUGCAGUUGAUGCUAUCAAUGACAUGAAUGGCAGGACUAUUGGUGGGCGGGUUGUGAGAGUAAAUGAAGUGAAUACCAGAGGCGGGAGAUCAAGCUUCAGUCGUGAAGGUUUUCGACGUAAUAGUGGAAGGGGUGUGGACUCGGAUAGGGCCAGAGAUCGUGAUAGGGACUAUGAUCAUGACAGGGACCGAUAUCGGGGUCGAAAUAGGGAACGUUCUCGAGAUCGUGAUAUUGAUAGGGAGAGAGGAUAUGAGCAUACACAUGAUCGUGAUCGGUCAAGGGAUCAUUUUGUUGAUAGAGAUAGAGAUGAAGAUAGAGAUUUGGAGGACAUUGAACAGGAUCAUAUUAGGAAUCAUGAUCAUGAAUUUGAAAGAGACCAUGAUUUAGAUGGGGAUCAAGAUAGGGAGAUAGAUCAAACCAGUGAUCAUGACAGAGGUGCAGACAAGGAUAAAGAUCAACAUUCAAAGAAACGGAAUGGUUCAAAUUUUAGUGACCAAUACAGUAGGGAAUUUUCUUCAGGGGACAGUGGUGAUUAUCAUGAGCAGGUUAAAGAACAGCUGGAGGCAUCAGUUCAAAGGCUUGAAGAACUUCAAAAAGAGCAGAUACCGCAGAUCGAAGAGAGGUUGGGGGAGAAGAGACAGCUUGUUAUGGAUUUACAGAAGGAGGCUCAGAAAUUAGAGGAUGCAUUGACCGGUGCCAAAAAACUUUCUUCACAACGUCAGAUGCAGUUAAUCAAGCUGCAUAAAUGUUAUCUGCAAGUUAAAGACCAUGGUGAAAGACUUAAAAGCUCUGAACAGGAACUUCAGUCUCUAGUCGAUAUUGCGAUGGUGGAGCUCGAUAUGGGUGAUGUUGAAUUACGAGAUGGGAACGGGAUCUUAAUGAGUGGCAAUGCAUGAUUUUUUCUUGCUGUGUAGCAGGCUGCAAGUUUUUAGUUUGUUUGAUGUUGCGAUAACAGAGGUGAAGUAUUUUUGUUAGUGUCCAUCCUAGUGCAUUUGAUGUUUCCAUAAAAGAUAUUCCUAUUCUGCUGUAGAUAUCUUUUUGAAAUUCACUGACUGAACUUAUUCCCUUAUUGAACGGUUAUAAUGAAAGAUUUCUGAUUAUAAACU